AGGGAAGGAAGGAAGGAAGGAAGGAAGGGAAGAAGGAAGGAAGGAAGGAAGGAGGAGGAGGAAAGGGAAUGGUGACGCAGGCUCGGCUCCGUUCUCAAAAUGUCCUUUUCUUUGGAAUAUUUUGCUUUUCUUGGUUCCGUCGACGCGCGACGUUCCGCUUGGUUGCGCUUGUGGUCGCGCGGCGAGCGACUGUGACGCGGCGGUUAGCAGGCGGCUAGUUAGCAGCUAGCAGGCUAACUGUCACUCGUCUCCUGUUCUUAUGGCAACCGAGGCGCGCCCCCGUCACGUGCGCGACGCCGCCAUCGUCGCCUUCACUGUGACGUUUUCAUUUUCCACAAGAAGAAAAUUCCUGCGCGAGGUCAAGUUUUCCCGGAGGGACGAUGGCCGGGUGUCGCCACUAGGCCUACAUGAAGAAACAGAGCCUUGGAAUUAUGGAAGCGUCCGAGGAAUUGUCCCGCUCCGACCUGGCAGGAGAAGCAGAAAUCCCAGAGAAGGAGGACCACGGCGUCGAUCCAUCUGCUACCCAGGAGUCCUGCGCAGUGGGAUUAAGCAAGGGAGGCCUCGCGGAGACGCCCGGGUCGGUGGCGGGAGCGGACGCCGGCGUCGCACCGGGCGGCGUGGCUCUCAAAAUGGCCACCACCGUCCUGCACCCUCUGUGUUUGGGAGAGAACCCGCUGAUGUUACCCAUCCACCUCCAGAUGGCGGCGGCCACCGGGCCACAGCUCGGCCCGAUGGGAGCGGCGCCCUACUUGCUGACGAGCCCCAACCAGGUCUCCCUCCCGCUGGUCUUGGAUCCCGCCGUAAUCCCGCAGAACAACAUUCUGUGUCCCAAUCCGUUGUCCUUUGUGGAGCAGAAAUCGGCGGCGGGACUCCCACAAGACCCCAACCUGCUCUCGCUCCUCCAGAAUCCGGCCUUUGCUGCCAUCCUGCAGGAUCAUUUCCCGUCCCAGGCCGGUCCCACGACCUGCCAAUCCCCGGGGUCCCCCUUCUUUCCGCCCUCUUACUCGUCCCCGCUGGCCCCGCUGGUCCCUCCCGCCACUCUCCUGGUCCCGUACCCUGUCAUAAUCCCCUUGCCGGUUCCUCUGCCGAUCCCGCUACCCGUCCCCAUCCCCCAGACGGAGGACUCCAAGACCAAUUUGCCAAAAGCAGUCUGCACGGAAACAAAAAGCACUCAGACGCUCCAAGAUCGAGACACAGUGGCGCAAAGCUCGUCCCCCCAAGUCCUGGACCUGUCCAUGCGAGGACCGUGUACCGUGGAACCCAAACAGGAGUACCUCAGUCCACAGCACCAAGACAGCGUGCUCGACUUGUCGGUGCCCGUGGACCGGAAACAGCGCACCACAUCACGCGGUCCCAGCCGGUCUUUGGAACGCAGCGCCAGUCUAGAUUCGAAGAUCCUGGGUAGUCUGGCGUCUCUGGAGUUUAGCCGGCAACACAAGUGGAUGCUGGACGGCGGAGCGGGCAGGUCGCCCUCCCUGGGGCCAGGGACGUCCAACCUGGAGAUCGUCAGCACCUCGCAGACGGCCAAGGUCAUCGUCUCGGUGAAGGACGCGAUCCCGGCCAUCCUGUGCGGGAAGAUCAAGGGCCUCUCCGGGGUGUCCACGAAGAACUUCUCUAUCAAACAAGACGGGAGCCAGGGGAUGCCGGCCCAGCUCUUUGGAGUGCCAGCCCCCCCGCCCCCGCCGCCACGGCCCCUGCACGGUCCCGACGACGGCCUGAAGAAGGUCCCCGGGAAAAAUCGAGCCAUAAAACUGAAGAAAGUCGCUUCUCAAGAGAUCCACUUCCUGCCCAUCAAGAAGCAGAGACUAGCGGCGAUCUUUCCCAGGAAGUGAACGCCGAGCCUGCCGCGAGCGCAACAAUCACUCAAAGCAGGGUUUGCUCAAGGGCUUUUUUUUCCCGUUCUUUACACGCGCCUUACGCCCACGUCUACUUCGCCGCGGGAUGUAUUUCAGUGGUUCCCAACUUUUUUAUUGAGCCAAGCCACGGACAGAAGGAAGUGAAAUUGGAUCAUUUCCCGACCAUCCGGUCUGGAAUGACUGACGGAUUGGACUGAGAAAGCCCAGUUGACAAGAACUGUUUCUAUUUAUUUUUUGGAUAAUCCCGACAAGUACACACACACACGCGUUGUGCUUUUUGUAGCCUGACUGUUGGUAACGGAAUUUUGUACCGUUGCAAUCGUAAAAACAAACCAACAUUGUCGUCGUCCAUAUUUUUGCGCGCAAUUGAGUUUCUGAGUAUUCCCGCCCGAGGCCGUUUUGAUUGGAUUUGAUUCCACGAUGUCCCGACUGUGCGCGUGCUCGUUCCGAUUAGCGUUAGGAUUAGCAGUGACGCUAACUCUUGUUGUUGUUGAGUUUGUUUCAUUUCCCGAGUUCACUUUGUGGUUAGUAGUUUAAAAAAACAAAACAAAACAAAACAAAAAAAAAAGGUGACAGGGUUUUGUGCCUGAUAAAUUGUGAUUUUUGUCCAAGAACAAAUGAAAGCCUUUCGCACAAGCUUCACAUUGAUUAUUUUUAUUUAUACUGUACAUUUUUUUUUGGUAUUUGUUUGAUCUUGGCUAAUUUAUUGUUUGUAAAGAAAAAAAACGUAUACGGUGUGUGAAAGUUAUUUAACGAAAUCGUGCGAGUGACUCGCGGCGGCGACGAACCGAAAGUCACGACAUUUUCAGAACGUGUUCCGGAAGCAAUCUUUGCGUGU